AUGAAGGAAGACGAAAUGGAGGCGAGGAUGCUCCACUGUCCCUUGCCUUGGGGCUGGGAGUACGUGGGCGCCGAGGGGAGGCUGGUGGUCACGCCCCUCACCGCCCGCGCCUACCACACCCUCGUCACCGCCUAUCACGCCCAUCUGGGAGGGGCGCCCGAGGGUCCGGCGGGCACUGGGAAGACGGAGACGGUGAAGGACCUGGCUCGGGCGCUCGCCGUGAACUGCCUGGUGUUCAACUGCUCCGACGACCUCGACUUCAUCUCGAUGGGCAAGUUCUUCACGGGCGUGGCGGCGUCGGGCAGCUGGGCGUGCUUCGACGAGUUCAACAGGCUCGAGGUGGGCGUGCUGAGCGUGGCGGCGCAGCAGAUCCUGACCGUGGUGCGGGCGCGGCGGGAAGGGCGCGGGACCUUCUCCAUGGAGGGCGGUCUUCCUCUCGGCCUCAACGCCCAGGGCUUCUUGGCCGUCACUAUGAACCCCAAGUACAGAGGGCGCGUCGCUCUGCCGGAUAACCUGAAGACAAUAUUAAUUAACUGA